AUGUCGCAGCCUGGAUUUGAACCGGCCCGUCGGCCAUCUCAAUCCGAGAAUCAAACCAUUCACAAGUCGGAGAUCCCGUUGAAGGAACGCUUCUUUCGCUACUUCCAACAAGAAAUCACUGCCUUGCAGGAACAGAUGGAUAGACUCGCCGAUACGUCUUUGGUUGGAGGAGAACGGACGGACGCAACCGACCAUUGUCUAGCCGGGAUCGCGCGGCUGUCGAACGAAGUCAAAGACGCCGCUAGUUAUAUUCCGACAUAUGACCAGCGGAUAUAUGCCGAGGCAAUCAAGGCGCUCCAGGACAAACUGGCGGAAACCCGUGCUGCAGUGGAACCACGGCCCAAAUUUAGCUUCAAGACCAAGAAGAACCCGUCCGCUAUCUCACUAUCGGAUGCAGCUGAGCUGGCUGCUCAAGGUCGUCGCGGAAUCCCGGGGUUCUUGUCACCCGGGACGUCUUCUGUUGGGUCAUCUGCUGCGCAGACACCCAACUAUCCAUCGACUCCUUUGAAUGAGCCCGAUCAACUGCAUCUUCACAGGCCUGAAAUCGCUCCGAGUUCUAUUCCUAAGAUCGCUGUGGAGAGUAUCGAUGAGAAACCGCAGAGCGAGUCUCACACCACUGCCUUUGCAGCGACCUCGGUGUCGUCAGUGACCGUCAACAAUCAUCAUGGUCUUCACAUAAUGCUCCCGGCUUCGGGCUCGACAGCAUCGGUGCCCGCCUCCAUCACGUCCUUGCGGCAUUGCAUCGUCGACAUGUCGAUUCCUACAGCCGAUGGGAAACCCUAUGCCAGUUUAAUGAUUAAAAAUGUGGAGGAUAGCCUACUGGUGUGUGGCCAGAUCAACGGCCCAGCCCAUAUCACUGGCGUGCAUAAUAGUAUCAUUGUGGUGGACUGCCGCCAGUUCCGCAUGCACGAUUGCAAGGAUGUGGACGUGUAUCUGAGCUCCUCUAGCAAUCCCAUCAUUGAAGAUUGCACUGAUAUCCGGUUUGGCCGGAUACCCCGAGCAUAUGCUCUGGACCACGACCGCCCCGAUUGCGAAGACUGCUGGAACCAAGUGGAAGAUUUCAAAUGGAUCAAGCCGGAACCAAGCCCUAAUUGGAGUCUCCUUGGCCCGGACGGCGGUGUUCCGGAAGAAGUCUGGGCUGAGAUCGUCCCAGGAGGACCCGGGUGGUCACUGGACGAUAUCCUUCGCGCUAUUAAAAUCGAUAAAAACCUGAUCUGA